AUGGUCCAAAGUCAUUCGGAUAACUACAUUUUGUUGACCAAUGAAGACUUCAUCGCUCCAUCAACAACAACAACGGCAACCACGACUAAGCUUCCCGAACCAACCACGACUAAGCUUCCCGAAGCAACGAAUCCUUUUGGGUUUUUCAAUCACACGCUGAAGGAUGAAAUGGUUACUCUUGCCGAACGAGUCGAGGAAGUCAACAAGGACAACAUUAGUUUAUACACGAAGCAUCCUGGAGCCUGUGAGGUUACUCUUGAAGGCAAUUUCAUGUAA